AUGGCUUUGAACUGGGAUAACAAUCAUGCGCUGGCUAUUAAGAUCCUCAAUGUGAUCGUUUUCAUCUUUUUCUUCGGCUCGAAUCUUUACAGCUCCCUUGGUGGUCCAUCCACCGGUUACUAUUCUCAAAAGGAAACCUACAUCACCCCAGCUCCAGAGACUUUUUGGAUAUGGACCGUGAUCAAUUUCUUGUUCCUUGGCUUUGUGGUUUUCCAGUUUUUCGAAUCUGGGACCAAAGCUUCGAUUGACGUUAUCGGAUGGAGAUUUGCAGCAAUCGGCGUUUUACAAUCCAUCUGGAUUCACUUGUCCGCAGGUCACCAUUACAUCCUAGCAUUCAUAUUCUCUGUGAUCGUUGCCUCCGUCGUUUCGCAUGUUUAUUGGGACCUGGUAGCCUCGAGUCUCCGGACGAAGACCGAACUGUUUCUGGUCCAUUUGCCCUUCAGCUUGUUGCAUGCAUACCUCGUCUUCCUUCUCGUCUUGAGCGCAUUCACUGCUUUCGGGGUCGACAAGGCUGAUCAUAAGGCGGGUCCAAUCACACAAGCCCUCGUCAUCGUGGCCCUCUUGUUACUUGCUUCUACUGGCAUCGGCUACACCCUACACAGUGAUCAAAGAGAUGUCGCCGGCGCGAUUGUGAUAGCAAUUGAGCUUGUUGGGGUGUUUACUCGUCAGACUGAACCCGAGAGCAUCCAUUGGGUCGCGUUCGCAGCUUUCAUUGCUACCAUCCUAGCUAUCAUUAAAGCUGUAUACUCUUCGUUCAGAGGAGGCAGGAUUCGUCUCACCGACUCCGAGCAUGCACCUUUGAUUGCUUAA